UCCUGAAUAGCAUGAUUAUGAAGCGUCUUGGCAAUUUUCUGCAAGAUCACACUCUACAGAUUGAAUUCCCUGAUCUACGCGACACGGAUAGCAACUCUGUAGAGGGCCGUAAGAAGACGGAUAAAAAGGGCCGUGGAUCUUAUAUAAUGAUUCCCUUGCUGCUUUGCGGCACAUUUGUGCCAGUUGCCUAUGGAGCCUUGGCUAUGCUGUCCGUUAAAGCCUUGAUUGUCUCUAAAUUGGCGCUGGUAUUGGCAUCCAUAAUGGGCAUCAAAAAACUAUUGAGUGGCGGCGGCGGAGGCAAGGAAUCCUCUCAUGAAGUUGUUGUCUCCUCUGGCGGCCAUUCGGGCUGGUGUCGGGACUUUGAUAUGGCCUACAGCAGCUGGAAGCAAGCAAAGGAUUCGGCGGGCAGCGGCAAAAGCUUGUAGACGCACCACGCGAACCCCCUCCGCCUGACCCUGCAUAGUGAUCCAAUGAUGAUUCCAGCCGAGCAUUUGCAUUUGGAAACGACAAAGAGAAGAAGCCAACCAAAGAACCGAUUGCCGCAUAAACUGUCUGACUUGAAUGUGUGUAAGGUUUAAGUGAGCGCUAAAUUAAAUAUAGUUAAUUCUGCUUUAAAUCACAAA